UAAACAAAAAUAGUAAACGCCGUCGUUUCGAGGAAAAGAGAACUUGGUCACCCGACGGCGAAGCUGUGAAGAGUAAAAACCCUAAAAAACGAGAGAGAGAGUCCGAAUCUAAUCUCUUUGUCGUCGGAAGGAAGAGGAAAAUAAAAAAUGCCGCUCUACGACUGUAUGCUUCUGUUCAAACCAAUAAUCAGAAAGGAAGGCCUCAUCGAACUCGUUGCGCGCAUUGGGAAACACGUUUACAGCAGAAAUGGUGUCCUCACCGACGUCAAAUCCUUUGGCAAGGUCGAAUUGGGUUACGGUAUUAGGAAGCUCGACGGAAGACACUAUCAGGGACAAUUGAUGCAAAUAACAAUGAUGGCAACUCCAAACAUGAACAAGGAGCUUCACUACCUCAACAAGGAAGACAAACUGCUGCGCUGGCUCCUAGUUAAACACCGCGACGUCCAGAUCGGACACUCUGAUAGGGACGAGAAUCUGACUGAUCAUAGCAGGCAUACUAGUGGGAGCUUAUUCGACGGAUCCUCUACAGACGAAGAUGAUGACAACAUUUUAGGUUUAUCACGAUGAGGAGGAGAACCAUUUUCUUUGAAAUGUUUGUUUACUCAUAGACCUGAUCUUCAUGGGAGUCUCCUUCAAUGGUUUAUUUGACGGUGUGCUUGGUUUUGCAAGAAGUGGUUUUGCGCAGGCAAAGAAAUAAAUUUGAUUAUGUUAGUAGUUUUUAGGUACAAAUUGAACUUCAAAUUUCAUGUGUUUGUUAAAGAUUUGCUAUUUUCCUAGUCAGCAGCAAUCGCGUUGAGAAACGCAAAUUAA